AUGAUCUUCUCCAGACCGAUUGCGGCUACGGCGGCCAAUCUCAUUGAGACUAGCCAACUGCGCAGGAGAUAUUAUAGUGCUCAAGUGUACGCGCAGACACAACGUGCACUCUCUAUUCCUGUCACUCUCAUACUCCGGUGGGACGCCUGCUCGACACGACCGGUGAGAGUUAAGGCGCAGGACCGACGGCUUCACGUGCUCUCCGAGGCACGGGGG